CGUUAAUUUACUGAUGUGUGGACUGAGCUGGAAGACGCUUGGGUUGUCGUGUCUCAGAUGAAUAUUUCAUCAGUUGAAGUAACGAUGAGUUCAGUUCAGAAUCUGAGAGAGUUGAUCAACGAGCGACUAACUGCUGCUGCUGAAGAAAUAUUCACAGAGUUUGAGAAAACCAUCGUCCAGUACGAGGAAGAGCUCGAUCGCCAGCGCAGACUGCUGGAUAACAUCUGGAAACCACAGAUACCGUUACACAGGACAGAACUCCCACAGCUACAUGUCUAUAUGGAGGAAGAGGUUCUCACUAAGCAACAGCUCUGUAAUCAGGAAAGGAACUCCAGUCUGGACCAUGAGGACUUCAAGCCUCCAAGGAUAGAAGAGAAACAGGAGGAACUCUGCACCAGUGUGUGCCAGGAGGACACAGAGCCUCCUCAGAUUAAAGAGGAACAGGAGGAACUCUGCACCAGUAUUUUCCUGAACCACCUGGAGCCUCCAGCAAUAAAAGAGGAACAGGAGGAACUCUGCACCAGUCAGGAGGGAGAGCAGCUUGUACUGAAGCAAGAGACUGAUACCUUUGCUGUGACUCCUACUUAUGAGGAAAGUGACCAAAGUGAACCAAAACCAAACAGUGAGCAGCUCUUCUCUCACAACUCUCCUGUCGAGCUGAAGCAAAAGAGCAGAAACAGCAGUCGCAGUAACAAUGUGGAGAAUUCUGCAGUGUCAGAGAGUCAGUGUGACACUGACACAGGGAAAAAGUCUGUAAAAUGUGGCAUCUGCGGAAAAACUUUUAAGUUUAUGUGCUAUUUAAAGAAACAUCACCUUCGUUACACAGGAGAGAAGCCGUAUGCUUGCGAAACGUGUGGGACAUGUUUUAGUCGAAGUGGUAGUUUGAAACUCCACAUGAUAACUCACACAGGUGAAAAACCGUAUCCAUGUGAAAUAUGCGGGAAAAAUUUCACUUUGAGUCGUAGUUUGAAAAUCCACAUGAGACUUCACACAGGUGAAAAACCAUAUCCAUGUGAAACAUGUGGGAAAAGUUUCACUUUAAGUCAUGGUUUGAAAAACCAUAUGAGAAUCCACACAGGUGAGAAGCCGUAUGCUUGUGAAAUAUGUGGGAAAAGUUUCUGUCAUAGCGCUCACUUAAAAGUCCACUUGACAUCUCACACAGGUGAGAAGCUGUACAGCUGUACCACCUGUGGCAACAGAUUUUCCCACCAAUCAGCAGUUAGAAGACAUAUUAGAAUACACACAGGUGAGAAACUGUAUUCUUGCAAGUCAUGUGGGAAAAGUUUCCGACAAAGUGGUAUUUUGUUGCGCCACAUGAGAACUCACAAAUAAGUUGCACUCCUGAAGCAUUUUCGGGAAUUAAGUUUGAAACAACUUGUAAGAAUUGGUCAAGCUUAAAAGUCAGUGGUUCAGAUACAGAGUAUCUUUAGGCUGUGCUUUUGCAAUAAUCCUCUGAGUUUCUUUCAUGCCGCAUUGUGAGAGAUGGUGGUGUUUAACGGGCCUGUUUUAAUUGUAGCACCAUGUCAUAAUUUCAACACUUAAUACUUGUUUUAAAUUUUUAUUUGUUUAGCUAUUUGCAUUGGUAAAAUUUUUUGUCAUCAUAGAGUUGCACCACCUUCAACUGAAUAAAAAUAGAAUGAAUCAAAAGGUCAGUUUCAUAAAUCAGUCUCAUAAGACACACUAAACUACCAACUUGAUACUCUUCUGAGCAAUUGAUAACUCCAACCAAAAAUACUAUAUUAUUGGCUUGGUUGUAGAAGUUCUGCAUAGUACAGUUUAUCGGCAUUCUAAUUUAACUCUUUCACAUUCAAUUGGCCCGUGUGUACCUGGCAGUACCUGGUGGUGUGAUACUAAAAAAAAAACUGGCAUUGAGAUAUUUAAUUUUUCUGUGAUACAUAUGGCGACACUGUCCUUUCAUUUUACAAAAUAUUUUAUACAAAUAUAUAUAGGAUUUUUAUGGGGUUUUUUUUAUUUUGUUUUAUUUUAUGCAAUACAGUGGCAUUAUAAUGGCCAAAAUGAUUGGCCUAUUUAACCUAAUUCAUUGAAUUCAGAGAAAAUAUUUGUAUUGCAUUUUCACAUUUAAAGAAAAGGACCAGUGCUUUCACUUCCAUGUGUUACAUUCCUGGUAAUGUAAAAAGCAAAAUAAGACUUAAAAUAAUGUUUUUCUUCAUGUGAAUUCAGUGCAUCUCAUAGAGACAAAAUGUACAUAAAAUGAUACCCAAAAACAACCUCACUUCGAAUAACUCUGGGUAUCAACAGACAUUACAUUUUCCUGAUGUUCUUUAAAUGGCUACAGUAGAGGCUUUUAUGAUGCUUGACACAGAGAAGCCUCUUGUCUCACCUCAUUUACAACAGCACAACAACUCAGACAGGCAUGUGACCAAAAAUUACUUUGAAAAAAGUGAAAUUAAGGCCUUGUAAUGUCAGAUUCACACAAGCUAAAAUCAAGAGAUAUUAUCUACAGUGACUGAGACCAAUGAGGGGAGUUUUCUGUGAGUGGAGCCUAUAUUUUAUUGUUGGAGGCAAAAAUUGGGGUUUCUAGAACAUUUUCUCUUCCAGACUCAUUUAACAUCCUGCCCGUAUUUUUAUUUAUUUUUUCUCACUGACAUGUAUUAUUAACGUUAAGUCAUGACUGCACUAAAUACAUAUUGCAUGUAAGGCACUUACUGAUUGAAUGUGCCACGGAAUCUAUCUCUUUACUGGCUACACUUGCAGCACAUGUUUGGUGUAUUGUUGUAGCAGUACCAGACUGUGAGUUUUCCUUUUGGGGAUUAUUGUGUGCUCAGUUUCUGGACUGAAACGUCGACCUUUUUACAGAAUUUGUGUUGUAGCUUUCAGUUGGCAUCUACAGAUGACAUGGACUCUGUUAUGGAUAAAGUCAAUGACCAACUGUCAACUGGUAGCCACUGGGAAAUAAAUGCAGAUAUGGUCAUCAGUACUCUGAAUUAGAAGUCUGUUUGAUUGAGUGUUGUCCUCAAGUUAGAUUUUUUUUAAAAAGCUAAACAUUUUUUGACCUAUUUCUGUUUAAAAAAAAAAAAAAAAAGCCACACACACCUCACGUAAAUGUGUUAAAUAUAUUAACUAUCACUGCAUUAUUUUAAUACUGGAGAAAUCUUAAAAACCUGAUCUCUAAUAUUCAUCUCCCUGUCAUCUGGAGUCUUUUAGAUUGCAUGUUGUUUCAUUUCAUAUUUCAAUGUAUUUUGUGAUUGCUUCAAUUUUUUAUUGUUUCAGACUGUAGAGCCGCAGCGAACAAAUUGUAGAGGAUGCAGUGCUGUAAAAGGUGCUAUAUCAAUAAAGCUAAGAAAGCUAAUCAAAGAA